GAUAUUCAGCAGAAGGUUAAUGUCAUUCAUCGUCAUCCUUCUGAUGAGGUAUUUAAUCAUAGUUUAUUGUUUCUGUUUUUCAUGCUUUGGUUUUAGUUUCUUUACUGUUUUAUUUAAGUUGCAUUUGUGUUGUUUGAAUCAGGGAAAGUCAUCUGAUGAAUUAGUAACUCAAGAUUCUGAUGAUGAUGAUGAUGUUGAGGAUGAUGAGAAGGAACUGACUGAUCCUGAAAAUAUUGAUUCCAACUCCGAUGAUGGUGAUGAGUUGGUUAAAGAUGGUGGUGAUGCUGAUGAUACUGAUAAGGUUGUUAAUGAUGUUCCUCCUUCUGAUGUGAAUCCAUCUGAGGUUGUUGGAGGCAGUGAUGAAAGGGCUAAGGAUGUUGAGAAGCCAAAGGGCAAUGAUUCUGGAUUAAAGGGGGACGAUUUUUUUGAUGGGUUAAGCCAGCUUGAAAUUGAUGAUGAUCAAGUUGUGUUGGCUAGCUUGGAGGCUGUUCGUAAAAUUCAUGUCCCACAAUCCAAUCCAGAUGUUGUUGGUCAAAAGUCAGCUGCCCUUCAUACUGAUGAAGAAACUGAGGACACUGUCUCUGAUACACCUCUGUUGGAUAAGAGGAAGCGUGCUCCGGCCUUGAAAUCUCCUUUUGUUGAUUUCGGGUCGGCUGAUGUGGGGAGCACUCCAAUGGAGGUAAUGUCCUCAGGUUCUCAAUCAAUUGGGAAUGAUAGGGAUUUUAAAAUGGUUACUUAUGUGAAGGGCCUUUAUGCUCUUAAUGAUUCAUUUGCUGAUCCCGUAUCUCCUGAGAUUAAGGCAAAGUUUGACGCGUGGAUUGGUCAAGGCUUGCUUAAACAUCCUAGGCAUUACAAUUGUUAUAUUGAUUGUGCGAAGAAAUUUUCCUCGGGUUUUAGGUUAGCUGUUGAUUAUGUGGAGGAUAAAACAUGAUUUUAUCAUUUGGCUACCUGCGACAUGUUUAUAAAUGACUCGGUAAAGUUUCCAUUUUCCAUUAUAGUUUAUGAUAGUUGGUUUUCAAUUACUUUUUAAAUGUUUUUAAGUUUAGAUACUGUAUUAAAGUUUUUAAACAGUUGUUCAGCCUUUUGAUUUAUGUUUCUGUCAUGUUUUUGUUUCAGCAUAUGAACACCAUAUUCUAUUACCUUAGGAAAAAAGGUAAAUAUUCUUCCGCUGUUACAUUGAAUUUUGCGACAACUGAUUGUCUCUUUGAUGAUUCCAUCCAAGCGUUGUACCACAAGUUCAACAAAGCCAAGGCAAUGAAGACUAAGAUGUCGCACAUUCAUGCUGCCCACCCAAUAGCGCAUUACAUCCGAGGUUUGCGAAUUCCGUGUUCUAAGCCUUGGUAUGAAGUCGAUCAUGUGUUAUUCAUCAUAAAUCUAAGGAGGGAAAGUCAUUGGGUGUUUGUGUUGGAUUUUAUGCCCUAAAUAAAACUCAUUUCAAUAUAAUCAGAUUUACUUAUUAAUAUAGAUUAGAAAUAACAUUUAAUGUUGCAUGGUUCACAUGAUUUAUUUCAUGAUUAUAUGUACAUAAUGUAUGAAUUCUGAAACACUUUUCACAUACUUGAUCCUGUUUAUUGUUUUGUCAACAUAUUGGAAAGU